GCAAUCAUUUUUGCCAUACAACGCAUCGUCAGUAUCUGUUUUGUGCGUGUCAUCCGUAUCCGUAUUGGGCAGCAUUCUAAAUAUAAUUAUCGUGGUUUAUACACUGUCAAUCUAGUAGGCAACAAAAUGGUUAACGUAACAAUUUAUGAUGAGGCACCGAAGCUGAAGGCAAACGAAGUACCACAAAACAUGGCUGCCGGAGCUGAGAGCCAAUUGGAGCAUAUGUGCCGCCUGCAGUUCGACUCGCCUGUGCCCCAUGUGCGUCUGUCGGGUAUUGUGUGCACCAUCGGACCCGCAUCGCGCAGUGUCGAGAUGCUGGAGAAGAUGAUCGCCACUGGCAUGAAUGUGGCGCGCAUGAACUUCUCUCAUGGCUCGCACGAAUACCAUGCUGAGACGGUUGCCAAUGUGCGACAGGCUGUUAAGAACUAUUCGGCCAAGCUGGGAUACGAGCACCCAGUUGCUAUCGCCCUGGACACCAAGGGUCCUGAGAUCCGUACUGGGCUCAUCGGCGGCAGUGGCACUGCUGAGAUUGAGCUGAAGAAGGGCGAGACCAUUAAGCUGACCACCAACAAGGAAUUCCUAGAGAAGGGCUCUCUGGAGAUAGUCUAUGUGGACUAUGUGAACAUUGUCAACGUGGUGAAGCCGGGCAAUCGCGUGUUUGUCGACGAUGGACUCAUCUCGCUGGUUGUGCGCGAGGUCUCCGGGGACACGGUGACUUGCGAGGUGGAGAACGGUGGCGCUCUUGGCUCCCGCAAGGGUGUCAAUCUGCCCGGCGUGCCCGUCGACUUGCCAGCUGUGUCCGAGAAGGACAAGUCUGACUUGCAGUUCGGUGUAGAGCAGGAUGUGGACAUGAUCUUUGCAUCGUUCAUUCGCAAUGCUGCCGCUCUGACCGAAAUCCGCAAAGUUUUGGGCGAGAAGGGUAAGAACAUCAAGAUCAUCUCUAAGAUUGAGAACCAGCAGGGCAUGCACAAUCUGGACGAGAUCAUUGAGGCCGGUGACGGUAUCAUGGUCGCUCGUGGUGAUCUUGGCAUCGAGAUACCCGCCGAGAAGGUGUUCCUGGCCCAAAAGGCAAUGAUCGCACGUUGCAACAAGGCUGGCAAGCCCGUUAUUUGCGCUACUCAGAUGUUGGAGUCCAUGGUGAAGAAACCACGUCCCACUCGCGCCGAAAUCUCGGACGUGGCCAACGCUGUCCUCGAUGGCGCUGACUGUGUCAUGUUGUCUGGUGAGACAGCCAAGGGUGACUACCCACUGGAGUGUGUGUUGACCAUGGCCAAGACGUGCAAGGAGGCCGAGGCUGCCCUGUGGCACCAGAAUCUAUUUGCGGAUUUGGUGCGCGCAGCCUCCGCAACCACUCUGGAUGCUGCUCAUGCGGCGGCCAUUGCCGCUGUCGAGGCAGCCAACAAGGCCAAGGCAGCCGCCAUUGUGGUGAUCACCACCAGCGGCAAGUCCGCUUUCCUGGUGAGCAAGUAUCGCCCACGUUGCCCCAUCAUUGCCGUCACGCGUUUCGCGCAAACUGCUCGUCAGGCACAUCUGUACCGUGGCUUGGUGCCACUUAUCUACAAGGAGCCUGCCCUCAACGACUGGCUAAAGGAUGUUGAUGUGCGUGUCCAGUUCGGCUUGCAGGUGGGCAAGAAGAACGGCUUCAUCAAGGCUGGCGACUCUGUGGUCAUUGUCACUGGCUGGAAGCAGGGCUCCGGCUUCACCAACACCAUUCGUAUUGUCACUGUCGAAUAAGCCUGUUAUCAGUGGCUGGCACUGCGCCCGUGUUUUAAGCGCUGUGCGCGUGCAUCAAUUACUGUUAUUAACCAAGUUAAUUUAUUGAAAAUUCUCAACAAAUAUAUAUGGAUUAUUGGAUAACGAGAUUGGAUAUAUUUAUCUGCUGUCAGAGCGCCACUGAAUGUCUCCAUGGAGCCAUUCCUUCACACAUACACACAAAUACAAGCAUACAAAUAUAAUUUAUCAUUGUUAAAUAUAGAGUUCUUUAUAGUAACAAAGAUUAAUAAAAACUAUAUGUAUACAU